AUGGAGAUCCGCCCGUUCCCCGUCAACCAGGAGGUAUACACUGAUAAAAUUACCGUCUGCGUACGCAAGCGACCCAUGUCGCGCCGUGAGGGGGAGCGCGGCGAGAUUGACUGCGUGACCAUGCCCGAUGGUGAACUGACCGUCGUGCACGAGGCCAAGGAAAAGGUCGACCUCACCAAGUAUAUUGAGAACCACGAGUUUCGCUUCGACUAUUCGUUUGGGCAUGACUGCGAUAAUGCCGCCGUCUACAAGUUUACGGCCGCCCCGCUCGUACAAACCAUCUUCGACAAGGGCAUGGCCACCUGCUUUGCCUAUGGACAAACCGGCUCCGGCAAAACCUUUACAAUGGGAGGUGAAGGCGCUAUGAAGGGCAUCUAUUACUUGGCCGCGCGUGAUGUCUUCCGCCUCAACCAGAACCACUACAAGCAAGCCAACCUCUCCGUCAACGUCAGCUUUUUUGAAAUCUACGGCGGCAAGGUCUUUGAUCUCUUGAACAAGCAAAAGCGGCUUCGAGUGCUUGAGGAUGGCAAGAACAAAGUGCAAGUGGUUGGCCUCAGCGAACGGGAGGUUUUCAACGUCUCCGACGUGGAGCAGCUCUUGGACCAGGGAAGCCGUUGCCGAGCCACAGGCAGCACAUCGGCCAACGCCGCAUCUUCGCGCUCCCACGCUGUUUUUCAGAUUAUCUUGCGCGAGAAUGACGCGCGGCGCAAGCUGCAUGGCAAGUUCUCACUCAUUGAUCUUGCUGGCAACGAACGCGGUGCCGAUACGGCCAAUUCCGAUCGACAAACCCGUAUGGAGGGUGCUGAGAUCAACAAGAGCUUGCUCGCUUUGAAGGAAUGUAUUCGCGCCUUGGGUCGCAAGGGCAGCCACACACCGUUUCGCGCCUCCAAGCUGACGCAAGUCUUGCGAGACAGCUUCAUCAGUCCUCGUGCACGGACCUGCAUGAUUGCCAUGAUUUCCCCUGGUCGCCAUUCAUGCGAACACAGUCUCAACACGCUUCGCUACGCCGACCGUGUCAAGGAACUGGCGCCCGGCAAGCGUCGCAACGUCAAC